AUGUCUCCGUAUCUCACUUCCCACCGGUCCUUCUUCCUCAUCCUCUGGAUUAUCAUCCUGUGUGGUUACGCCCACGCGCGCUUCUUCUCCCGCGAUCCGCUCUCCGACGGCGUCUCCGCCAACAGCUGGGAGGGCAUCCUCCGCCUCCCCUCGGCGAUCACGGCUGAGUCCACCUGCGAGCAGACCUACGGAUUCCUACCCUGCACCACCACCGUGCUCGGUAACCUGUUCCUCAUCAUCGUCUAUGGAUUCCUCAUGUUCAAGGCCGCGACGUUCCUCUCCGGCGGCAGCGAGCUCCUGCUCGAGAUCUUGGGCCCCGGCAUUGUUGGCGGCCUCUUCCUCCCCAUUCUCGGUGCACUUCCCGAUGCCAUGCUCAUCCUCGUGUCUGGGCUUUCAGGCAGUAAAGAAACUGCUCAAAGUCAGGUAUCUGUUGGAAUGGGACUGCUAGCUGGGUCAACGGUGCUGCUUCUUACUAUAAUAUGGGGGACCUGUGUAAUUGUUGGCAAGUGUGACAUCGAGGGUUCAAUUGCAAUAGAUUCACGAGACACCAGAGGAUUUAGUUUAACUGGUUCUGGUGUUAGUACUGAUAUCUGGACAAGUUAUGCUGCACGGAUUAUGGUUAUAUCUGUCCUUCCCUUUGUGAUCGUUCAGUUACCACAAAUUCUCAAUUCAACAUCAGGAAGGCACUUGGCUGUUUUGAUAGCUCUCAUCGUGUCUCUCUGUUUAUUGGUUGCUUAUUGUCUUUACCAGAUUUUCCAGCCCUGGAUACAGAGGAGGAAGCUUGAAUAUAUUAAACACAAGCAUGUUAUCUUAGGACUUUUGACACAUUUGAAGAAACGUGCAUUGGGAAGGCUUCUGAAAGAUGAUGGUGAACCUGAUAAAGAAGUCAUUAGAAAAUUGUUUGCAACAAUUGAUGAAAAUCAAGAUGGCAAUCUUACUCAUAAUGAAUUGAGAGCACUAGUUAUUGGAAUUCAAUUUGAGGAGAUAGACCUGGAUCAUGAUGAUGCUGUAAAAAGGAUCAUGGAUGAUUUUGAUACUUCUGGCAAUCGACUUGUUGAUGAAGAAGAAUUUGUUAAUGGUGUCUGUAGAUGGCUUCUGAGGGCCCAGCGUGCUCGGGUUGCAUCUGGUGAUGCUGGUCCACACACAAUGAAGUUUUUAAGUAAUUUUCACACAGAAACAAAGAGGGAACAUGAUUUGCUGGAUGUGGGAGAUCAGAGUAAUGAAGAAGCUGAGGGCAUUGAGAAUGUUAAAUGGACAUCCAUCAAAGCAGUUCUGCUUCUGCUACUGGGUACUAUUAUUGCUGCUGCAUUUGCUGAUCCUCUGGUUGAUGCAGUGGAUAACUUUUCUGAUGCUACAAGUAUUCCAGCUUUCUUCAUUUCUUUCAUUGCUCUUCCUUUAGCAACCAAUUCAAGUGAAGCAGUGUCAGCAAUAAUUUUUGCUAGUCGGGAUAAAAGGCAGACUGCUUCAUUAACUUUUUCUGAGAUAUAUGGUGCAGUGACAAUGAAUAAUGUGCUUUGCCUAUCAGUCUUCUUGGCCCUGGUUUAUGUGAGGGGAUUGACAUGGGACUUCUCUUCAGAAGUGUUGGUUAUUUUGGUCGUUUGCAUUGUGGUGGGUGUCUUUGCCAGCUUCCGCACUGUCUUCCCUCUAUGGACAUCUAUACUGGCUAUCCUACUUUACCCCUUCUCCCUGGCAUUGGUGUAUGUUCUUGAUUAUGUAUUUGGUUGGUCGUAG